UGCAGGACUCGCACUUUCACGAGAUCCUUGCGUCUUCGACUUGGAACGCAGUACAAUUGCAGUUUCAACUGCUUCAAACUCUUCCCACCUGCCCACGCCCGCGUAUUCUGUUCUUCCGGGCCCCCAUCUCGACUGUACAAGGUCGAGAAAUAGUAUCCAUGGAACGCAGCCUUCAGCUUUGGUCAACUUCCGCCAGACAUUCGUCGUGACUGGCAAAAACGGUCGCAAUGACCUAUCUCUUUGCCUCAAUCCCACCAUGGAAGAUAUCGCCGUACAGGCGUCCCGAAAUGUAAAUCGUACAGAAACCGACCUCUUACAGGCCCUAUACCGCGCAGAGCCCGUAACUCAGGGCCUGGAAUCCUUGCUGGCAAAGUGAAUGCAACCAAUGUAUGAAAGAACCUCUCACUCACGACACUAGAUUUCGCUCAGCAUGUCAAGACUUCCUCUUCCUCGACUUCAGGGCCGCGGCCGGGAAGAAAGUCGAAGAUCGUCUGUGGAAUGCUCAUAUGAAGGCAAACUCAAAGUUCAGGCAAUAUCUUGCCAACUUCCGUGAAGGAGAAGGCAAGAAGAAGGUUGUCGAACGUCGAAAAGCCGAGAAGCUUUAUCUAGAGUUCAUCAAGUCGAGCCAACGCUUCUAUCGAGAGUAUAUCCAACGACUCGCCUCAAAUUAUAAGGAUAUUUCGGAGAUACUUGAGGUUGCUCAAGGCAUGAAGCUGGAUACACUCUCCGCAGACCCUCCGCAGAAAGUGGACGACACGCUGAAGAAGCUACUCAUUGAUUCAUGUUAUUCGGCCCUGGUGCAACUGGGAGAUCUCUCGAGGUAUCGGGAAACCGAAUUGCAGACGAAUCGACGCAACUGGGGUCCUGCUGUCGGUUAUUAUAACAAGGCUGUCGCUCUCAAUCCGACAGAUGGCAGAUCAUAUAAUCAACUGGCCGUUGUCGCGCUUGCUGGCGAGGACCACCUACGAGCUGUCUACUAUUUCUAUCGAGCCAUCUGCCUCGAUAGUCCCGCUCCACAAGCUCAAGGAAACCUGGACCUUGAGUUCAAGAAGCUUAGGACAAGGUCAAACCAAGGCAAGCCCAUCUCCAGCACAGCAUCAGUUGCUGAGGGCAGCCGUGACCUCCAUGACCGCUUCCUCAUAUUUCACGCUAAUUGUCUCGGAGAGGACCCACGUGGACAAAAGGAUCAGCAAAUCGAGAUUCUUCGACUUCUCGAGGAGCAAAUUCGAGAGCGGUCUGGUGAUACGAUCCUCAGAAAGCUCGUCUUGGUCAAUAUUUCUGCAGAGAAGUCUGCUUCAGAGAAAGUUAAAGCUACCCGCUCUUUCGAGAUUUUCCAGUCGUUUAAUGUCAAAACCUUUUUCCUACUCCUCAGAAUCUUGCUUGAUGAACUGCAGAAGCUCACAGGAGAAACUAUUAGCAAUGAAUGUGCCGCAGCCGACGACUUGCCUCAAGUCCCUCCAGUAAUCCGCCGAAUGCUUCCCCAUAUGAGGCUGUAUAGUGGAUGGCUGUUGAGUACCGUCCAACUCCUGCUGGAGAACGAGACACUUGUCGUGUCUCUGCGCCAGAUGUGGCCGUUGUAUGUCAACGUCCUGAAUGUUCUGAUGCAGGUAUUUCCUCCUAAAGCUGCGCCCGAGAUCCAAUAUCUUUUGGACGAAGAUAUGGAUACCAGAGGGCUCUCUGCCUUCAGUCCUCUCGUCCAAAGGACACGGCUUUGCAGCCGCGCAGGGCCGAUCAAAAUGGUACACAACGACGCAGUAUUUGGCACUCGCUCUCCACAACACGAGAUGUUGUAUCGACUCAAGUGUCUAAUAACAGACGGCGUGUUACUUGCUCGUAAACAAGAUGAAUUCAAGUCCUUGCCCAUUCCUCUCACAUUUGCCAACAUGCGCUUCGUCUACCUCGAGGAGGGUGACGAUGUUGCACAUGUCGAUGGUCAGACCGCAACUCUAGCGGUUCCCGCCUACGCUGCUUCAGGCGAGGACAUACGCAGUUAUAUUGGGCGCACUCCUCAGCAUGAAAUUCCUCUGCCCCAGGCACCAAGCCAACAAGCGCCGGCGUUCGACACUGAAAAUUCUAUGGCGUCCAGAAUGGAGAACAUGGUGGAUAAUCUCAUGCGGUCUGAAGCACCACGGUCCACCAACAGUUCUGGGGCCGUUAUGUACGAUGUGCCUGCAUCCAUGUCGAAUGCACCAUUGGUACCACGAGGGCUCACCAACAGAAGCACAUCGCAAUCGCAGCCUGUUCCCUUUACUGCUCGAGACCUCGUGCAGCGAAUCCAGCAGUCUCCCAGCGCAUCACAGCCUAGCAUGGUAGACCAGGCUGUCAACGUUGCCAUCUUACCUUCUAUCUUGAACACCCCAUUUGCACCACGACCUGGAGAAACCCCCGAAUCAUCACCGCGGCCAAGUACCGCCCAUCGUUUCCCCGAUCCAGCAUCAGCAUCUGUUCGCCUCAACAGUUCUGCUCAAUUCCAGGCACACCUCAUGCACAUGCAGGAUCAGGUACAAAUGCGGACGUCACCGCUCGAGUCGUUUGAGCCGACCAUGUCGAGUCACUAUGGCACUCCUAUAAAUCUGACGGCUCGGAUCCGAGCGAAUGAUCCGAUACAGCCUCAACUCUCCCCUUGGCAGACCUCAUUUAGCAGCGCUGUACCUGUGCAACAUACUCCUAUCUCGACCCGGCCUCCGGAUUCCUCACCUUUUGGUGCCAUCGGCGAGCCGCGUCCGAAGAGCAGUCGGACUCCUACCAGCGGCCAGCCAGGAUGACGUUUCACAUCUUUCUCGCUCGCCUCUUCGAUCUCUCACAGCGAUUUCAGUGGGCCACUAUUAGGAGAGCGAGAAUGAGACACAAUCAGAUGCCAUUCCGUUCAUUAUCGGGAUGCGACAAGGACAUCUAUCAGUCCUGGGCGCCAGCCACCCGCGCGCACCGGUCCAAGCCUUGGCUUCGUUACAAGUCUUUCAAAUUUGACGCUCGAAUAGCCUGGUAUCCACGCACUGCCGGGCAAGAGGAAAGAUCUGAGGACAAUCACGUGGACUUAAAUUCAAGGGGUCUGCGCCAAUUCCAGAAGGUGAUCGUCACUGGCAAGUUAGCGGAACCAUCAGGAAGACCUUGUUAGGAACAUAAUUCUGACUAGGGGAAGGCGAAUAGAGACCUGAAUGAGGUCAAAUCAAACUGACUCCUUUCUUUUUUGGCUUCUAUUUUCGUUCCUGGUUAGGAAGGAUCUCCUUCUAUGUCAUAUCGGGGCUCUAAUUUUCGGCAUCAAAAUUUGCCAGUCAACAAGCCGUGAAGGACGUGGUAUCAUGUCUGACAUACUCUCCAGAGGUCUUGUUGAAUUAGACCUUUCCGCUGUUAAAGCGCGCCCAUACUGGUACAUUCUUCUGAGGAAAAAAGGGAAACGCCAGACUUAUGCAAUACUCAAUCCGAAGAGGCCCUUGGUUCAAGCCUUGUAUGUCUGCUUCGGCCGGGGAUAUCUGUAUAAUGGCGUUUGUUAGAGACUGAUGCGGUAGAAAGAUGGCAAAAAACUUACGCGGGGCCCAAUUCCUGUAGACUCAAUCUUGCAAGCCACUGGC